UCCUCACACCACAUGCUACUGAGGUUGCCUUGAGCACUUUCUGGACCCAAAGCUAUUAAGAAACAGAAUCUCUUCUAGACAGUGGAAUGCAGCUAAGCAACAAUGUACUUCUUUUAAAGUGCUAAGUGACGUUGGAUGUAAUUGGCACAUUGUGAAAAACUGAACUUUUCUGAAGAGACUUUGCUUCUACACCUUUGCUAUGGAUCACUCUGGAAGUAACUGCAUGAGGAGUGCCCACCCAGGCAGUCCCAUCUGGGGAUGUGUACGGAACCAUCACACAGGGGUCCCAAAUACAGGGAUGCCACCAUACCAGCAAGGCUCCUUUUCGCUACACCAGAAGCCAGAGUUUCUGGCCUGUACGGAUUUUUCUGGAUCUUGCCUGGUGUCAACUCCUCAUGCCUAUCCACGUGAGGAGCAUGCUUACACUGAGUCUGGUGGUUUCCAGCGGGCAGACUGGCAGUAUACCACCUGUGAGACCCAAAGUCGAGGCCAAGAGCUCUGUUCUUCAGUUGCUGCGACUGUAGGUGGCGUCAACAGGGGCGAGAUGGACUGUACAGGCUUGGACAGGCUGCCAGUUUCGGUUGCUGGGUGUCUUGAGGGGGAGUACUCACGACACAUGGAGAAAAGGACAUUAAAGCAAAAGAGAGAGAUUACAGAGAGUCACAACUCCAACUUUAAGGCUGAUUCAAACUGCAAGGCCAGGAAAGAGCGGACAGCCUUCACCAAGGAGCAGCUGCGAGAGCUUGAGGCAGAGUUCAACCACCACAACUACCUGACACGGCUGCGUCGUUACGAGAUUGCUGUCAAUUUGGACCUCACCGAGAGACAGGUUAAGGUGUGGUUCCAAAACCGACGGAUGAAAUGGAAGAGAGUGAAAGGUGGACAGCCUGCUUCCCCCCAUGACUUAGAGACAGAUGAAGUGGAUUCAGCCGCUUCACCCAGCUCUGAGUGAAGGAAUGGAAGCGCACCAACAUCAGCAAACAGUCCCUAAUGGCAUCUCGGGAUCCUUGGCUGCAAUAGUACCAUGGGCAAGACGAUUUCUGCAUUUGCAGUAAUUAGCAUGCCACUUAUGGGCAUAUGUAAUGUUUGGUUUCAUGGCCAGCUUCCACAGUUAUGGUCUAUAGUCAAAGGUCACAUUAUAGAGCAUGCCAAGGUCUUCAUUCUUUUCUCUUCGAUUCGCAAAUUCUGACAAAAUCCAGAAAUUCACUAGAAAAUAAUCAAUAACUCUUUUUGUGUCCUCAUCAUGAUGUGGACUCAGAGUGUAGGUUCUUGAAUCCUGAUUCCUGCUUUUCGAAGUCUUAUUUGUUGAUGACAUCUAAAGGAUCACUUUAAAGGAUCAAAAACUGGGCUUUUUUGAAAGAUUUCUCUCAAAACCUGAAACUCAUUCACAGUCAGUUGCAUUUGUUGACUGCUUGGCCUUGUCAGUACAGCAAUAGCCUGGAGUCUAUCCUUGGACUUGUACUAGUUUAGGAGGGAUACUCCCUGGAUGGUAUGCAAGCCCAGUUUCUGUUCA